CAAUUUGUCCCCCCUCUCUCUCAAAGGAUAACCACCACUAUAUAUUCACCGCCCGGUUAUUCUUUAUCCUCUAGGAAUAAAACCAAACCAAAAUCCAAUUCUAUUCUCUAUUUUAUUCCUACAAUUCAACAAAACCCAAUCAAACCUUAUUCCAUCAUACCCACACCCAAAAACACAUUAUCCAACCAACCAUGCCUCCAUCUCCAUUGGAGGAAGACAUCUUUCCUUCAACACCCGGUAAAAUCAAAAUCGAACGAACCCAUCACUACACCAUGAACCGCUCUUUCCACCGUUGUUUCACCUCAACAACCACCAUGUUCCUAUGGGCCUUAUUACUAAUCGCCUUAACAGCGUCGUAUUUAAGCAUCCAAAGUUUCGUCGAUACCGGUACCCGCUUCCUCCACCACCCUAUCCCUCGCGACCACGUCAUCAUCGGUGGGCCCCACUGGGAGAAAAAAAUCCGUGCCUCCGCACAAGUACAUCGUGUGCAUGGGUUAUCCGUACUCGUAACCGGCGCAGCCGGUUUCGUUGGGUCCCACGUCGCCCUCGCAUUAAAGAAACGCGGGGACGGUGUCGUGGGAUUAGACAAUUUUAAUGAUUAUUAUGACCCGUCAUUGAAGCACGCGCGUCGCGCGCUUCUUGACGGGCAUAAUAUUUUUGUUGUGGAAGGGGAUAUUAACGAUAAGCGAAUAUUGGUGAAACUUUUUGACGUUGUACCUUUUACGCAUGUGAUGCAUUUGGCGGCGCAAGCGGGUGUCCGGUACGCUAUUGAAAACCCGCAUUCGUAUGUUCAUAGUAACAUUGCGGGUUUGGUUAAGCUUCUAGAACAAUGUAAGUCUGCGGACCCGCAACCCGCGGUCGUGUGGGCGAGCUCGAGUUCGGUUUACGGGUUGAACGAUAAGGCUCCGUUUUCAGAAUCGGAUAGGACGGACCGACCCGCUUCAUUAUAUGCCGCUACCAAAAAAGCGGGUGAAGCGAUUACACAUAGUUAUAAUCAUAUUUACGGGUUGGCGAUAACCGGGUUGAGAUUUUUUACUGUUUACGGCCCGUGGGGCCGGCCGGACAUGGCGUAUUUUUCGUUUACGCAAAAUAUCCGUAAGGGGAAACGGAUAACAAUUUACCGCGGUAAAAACGGGGUUGAUUUGGCACGGGACUUUACUUACAUUGAUGAUAUUGUGAAAGGGUGUGUGGCGGCGUUGGAUACGUCGGGUAAGAGUACCGGGUCGGGUGGGAAGAAAAAGGGGGCGGCCCCGUAUCGGAUAUAUAAUUUGGGAAACACGCAACCGGUAACGGUCCCAACGAUGGUGAGUAUACUAGAGAAGUAUUUGAAAAAGAAGGCGAAAAAACACGUGGUCACAAUGCUUGGAAACGGGGAUGUUCCGUUUACACAUGCGAAUAUAAGUUUAGCUCGACGCGAACUCGGGUAUAACCCGACAACCGAUUUGCCUACCGGGUUGAGAAAGUUUGUCAAGUGGUAUGAAUCAUAUUAUGUCGAAGAUCACGGCAAGCCUGUAAAGUAUUAGCUGUUUUUUUGUAGUCUUUUUUAAUUUAAGUUUAAAUUAGAUUUUUUGUU